AUGUACAACAAACAGUGGACAACUUAAUGAGUCACUAUUUUUUUAAUUGGAACCUUUUUACAAGUGAAUUUUUAUUUGUUUUCUAAAAUCCAAAACAAAUAGAUGUUAAUAGUUAUCGGUGGAAUAAAAUAAGUGAAAUUAAUUCCAAUUUAAAAGAGUAAACAUGUUUUCCAGUGGUCCCAACUAUACCAAAUUAAAGACCAACCUACGAUUGGCCGUAAAUCGUUUAAAAUUAUUGGAAAAGAAAAAAGCAGAAAUUGCACAAAAAUCUCGCAAGGAAAUUGCUGACUUCUUGGCCAAUGGCAAAACCGAAAGGGCAAGGAUACGUGUUGAACAUAUUAUAAGGGAAGAUUAUUUGGUUGAAGCCAUGGAAGUAGUUGAAAUGUAUUGCGACUUACUACUGGCAAGAUUUGGCUUGGUGACCCAAAUGAAAGAGCUAGACGAUGGUAUAGCAGAGGCUGUGUCUAGUGUUGUAUGGGUGUGUCCUCGUUUGCAAAGUGAUAUAUCCGAGUUGAAGGUCAUUUCCGAUAUAUUUAUUCAGAAGUAUGGGCCGCAAUUUGCAGAAAAAGCAAGAACUGCUACCGGUGAUCAUCAUGUUUCAGAAAAGUUAAUGCAUAAAUUGCAACUACAGGCUCCGCCCAAGCUAUUGGUGGAGAAAUAUUUAAUUGAAAUCGCCAAGAACUAUAACAUUGAAUAUGAACCAGAUCCACAAGUACUAAAUGAGGAAAAAGAAGGACGAGAUCAAAAUCUCAUUGAUUUGGCUGAUCGCAAUAAUUUGGGUGGAGGUUCUGGUCCUCCACCUCAAAUGGGAUUUAUAGGAUAUCCAACGGUACCACCAUUACCACAUAUGCCAGAACCACCAUCUAAUAAACCUUUUAACUAUCCACCCUUUGGCGGUGGUGCUAGUGGCGGGGGCGGAGGUUCUGCGGCUCCACCAUUGCCAUACGGAGGUGGACCGGGCGGAACUCCACCAUUCAAUUAUAACAUACCACCCACUUCACCACCAAUGAACAAUGAACACAAGGAUUUGAACACACAGUUUAUAAAUGAGGAAGCUUCACAGGAUUUACAGGCUUCAAGAGCAACUGAUAAUAAUGUUGAAGAGGCAGCUGGUUUUGAUGAAAGUAUUUUGCGACAAAAAAUGCACAAUGAUCCACCACCACGUUAUUCUUCAAUUAAUCCUGUUAAUCUACAGAACGCUAAUAAGCCAAAGCCUCAACCACGCAGCAAACUGCCUCCUCCUACAGUGCAGCCCUCUGCACCACCCCCAUCCAUGGAUAUACCUCAGUUACCAAAUGUUCCCAUGGAUUUGCCAGAUAUUCCAACGGAUGAAUUAAAGCCUAAUAACAACGAUGACGACAUUGAUUUUGAUGAUUUAUCCAAACGUUUUGAAAAUCUUAAAAAACGCAAAUAAGUAAAACGAAAUUAAUACAUGCUUAGUUGUCUGCUAUGAAUUGUUAUUAAAAAAACGUAUUAUAUUUUAUCCAAACUGUUA